UAAAACCCUAAUUUCAUUUCAACCGCUAUAACGGCGGCGGUGGGUGGCGUAGCCAAUCCCACUGCCUCCUCAUGAGAUUCCAACUUAUCUCCGUCAGCUCCAUUUUCAACCUAAAUUCUCGCCACAACACAUACCUUUAUAGAAGCUUUUCCAUGGCUACUCAAACCCUAAAUUCCUCCAUUAACGGCGAAGUCGUCGACGACGAUGAUCUUCUAUGCUCCGACGCCACCACCACUUCAUCUAUCAUUGAACAAGAAGGAGAGAGGCAGCCAGUUGGACUGAAUUGUUUGAACGGUUACUUAAAGGGGGAAGCACGGAUAGAGAGAGCUUGGGCUCAUUGGAAGAAGUUAGGAGAGCCGAAACUUAUUGUUGCUCCGAUGGUUGACAACUCAGAGUUGCCUUUUCGUCUGCUGUGUCGAAAGCAUGGUGCUCAAGCUGCUUAUACACCUAUGCUUCACUCCCGUAUCUUCAGUGAAAAUGAGAAGUAUCGCUCUCUUGAAUUUACUACCUGCAAGGAGGACCGUCCACUUUUUGUUCAAUUCUGUGCUAAUGAUCCAGAUACUUUGCUAGAAGCAGCUCGAAGAGUAGAGCCUAACUGCGAUUAUGUGGACAUCAACUUGGGGUGUCCCCAGCGUAUUGCGAGACGAGGGAAUUACGGAGCAUUCCUCAUGGAUAAUCUUCCCCUUGUGAAGUCUCUGGUAGAAAAGUUGGCCAGCAAUCUUGAUGUUCCUGUGUCAUGCAAAAUACGAGUUUUCCCUAAUUUGCAAGAUACACUUAGUUAUGCAAAGAUGUUGGAGGAUGCUGGUUGUUCUCUUUUAGCAGUGCAUGGCAGAACAAGGGAUGAAAAAGAUGGAAAGAAAUUCAGAGCCAAUUGGGAGGCCAUCAAAGCUGUUAGAGACGUUGUUAGAAUUCCUGUCCUUGCUAAUGGUGAUAUACGGCACAUGGAUGAUGUACAUAACUGCUUGGAAAAGACUGGUGCUGAUGGGGUACUUUCGGCAGAGCCUCUUCUUGAGAAUCCAGCUCUAUUUGCAGGAUAUCGAACUGCUGAAUGGGGAUUGAGCACUGCAGGAAUCAAAGAAGAUGGUAAGCUAGACCAAGCUGAGUUACUCGUAGAUUAUUUGAAGUUGUGUGAGAGACAUCCAGUGCCAUGGAGAAUGAUCCGUUCUCAUGUGCACAAGAUGUUGGGAGAGUGGUUUCGGAUCCAGCCAAGCGUUAGAGAGGAUUUCAACCAGCAAUCCCAACUCACCUUCGAAUUCCUUUAUGACUUGGUAAAUCGAUUAAGGGAACUUGGAGUGAGUGUGCCACUUUAUGUGAAGGAGACUCAAGAGGAAGCUGUAUCUCCAAAUGGAGACGCGGCAUAAAUAUCUUCUGCAAGUUAGAUUAGAUACCACUUAGUUAAACAAUCAAACAGAGAUUGUCAUU